GUUGUCAACAUGGCGUCUCACAGGAGUCGGCUGUUUUGUUUACGGACCCUAUCGUUGAGCAUCUUCUUUUAUUACACGUAUUGCCAUUUUCAACUUGUUCUCGGAAAUGAUGUCGAUAGCUGUAAAAAUCUACGCUUGGGACAGUAUCUUUGCAAAGAACCAAGGAUAGAUGAUGCCACUCAAGAACCUGCGAACUGCAAGGACAUGAUAGCUUGGGUGGAAUGCCUACCUGCUCCGAAUGUCAGCUGCCGCUUGUCAAAUGGGACAGAGUUUCGAUUCAGCGGAGAGGAAGUGGGCUUCAACCAAAGCAUCCCCUGCAGGAAUGUGAGCGGUUACUCCUACAAAAUAGCAGUGGCCCUGUCCCUCUUCCUGGGGUGGUUAGGAGCUGAUCGCUUCUACCUGGGAUACCCAGCUUUAGGGCUGCUCAAGUUCUGCACUGUGGGCUUCUGUGGGAUCGGGAGCUUGGUGGAUUUCAUGUUGAUCUCAAUGCAGAUUGUGGGUCCAUCGGAUAAGUCUGACUACAUAGUGGAUUACUACGGUGCCAGACUCACACGCCUCUCCAUUACCAACGACACCUAUAGAAGAACCCAGAUCUCACCCUGAGGGACGAAAGUGAAAAACAACAACAACCUCCAUCCUCUGAAUGCUGUAAUUUAAAUUAUGCCCAUCUCUUGGCAUCCUAUUUUUCACUCGACCAGUACACACGGACACAAAGACAUACGGACUAUCCGAGUCCACUUAUCCUGAUCCUGUCUGCAUGUACCCCAAUUUCGGGAGUGGAGCCUGUGAAGCUAGACUGAGUCUUUCCUUGCUUCUUUGUCCUUCAUUCCUUGCCUUCUCCUCAAAACGCAUUUGAAGAUAAAAUCUGAGGAGAUAAGGAAACAAGGAAAGACUUUUGAGAUUCACCCGUGGUCACCAGCUCAGGUCCCAGAAGGUUACAGUACAGGCUUUUGUUCCAACACAACAUUAGCCACACUGUGUAGCUCUCCAGGACCAGUGGGUUGAUGACCACCCCCAUAGAGCUUCAAGUCAUCGUUGUUAUACUCCUAUGAGAAUCUAGAAUCUGCACUGAGAACGGUGUACUGUAAAUAUAUUGUCAUGUCAUCUGUGGUUUUUGAGUAUGUCUGGCAUCAAGGGAACUAUUUAUGUACUGUAUGACUGUCUUUUUGCUUUCAUUUGUCAUUUGAGAUUUUUGUAAUUAAAGUGAUCAUUUAAUGAAAA